AUGGCGACGACGGCCACGGGGUACGGCUGCUCGGCGGCGCUGUCGUUCCCGGGGAGUGGGAGCCCCUUCGCUGAUCGCUCGCCCCUGUCCCGCGCUUACCUCACCUCCUCCAAUCCCAAGCUCAGGACUCCCGCUCCUAGCCUGCGGGUUUCAUAUCUUCGUAGGCGACUGUAUGUCUGUGCGUGCUCCGGCGACGUUGAUCAUUACGCCUCGGAGGAAGCUAGUUUUGAUAUAAAGCUGCCUAGAAGAAGCUUGCUUGUUCAGUUUACAUGUAAUAAAUGUGAUGCAAGGACAAAACGUUUGAUAAACAGGGUGGCCUAUGAAAGAGGAACAGUUUUUCUUCAGUGCGCAGGGUGCCAGGUGUAUCACAAGUUUGUUGACAAUCUUGGUCUAAUUGUCGAGUAUGACCUACGAGAAGAAAAUGGGGUGAACACUUGUACUGAAGACUGA